CACCCCUUGAAAUGAUGUUCCAGUGUAGUGUUCCAAGAUGGCCGUCCCAGCGGGUUUACCGGUGGACCAAGAGCUGAAAAAAGCGUUCCAGGAGCUUCAGACUAAGAUGAUCAGCACCCAGCAGCAGCUGAAGGUUGCCGACGCUCAGAUCGAUGCUCAGCGGAGACUCCAGCAGCACGCAAAACUCACGGACCAGGAAAUAUCCAGUCUGCCUGAAGGAACUCGUGUGUACGAGGGUGUAGGUCGUAUGUUCAUCCUCCAGCCCAUCCCCACGGUCAGAGACAACCUCAAGACGAAGGUGGAGUCUUCCGACGACAAGAUUAAGAAGCUUCAGAGCAACAAGACAUACCUGGAGAGGAACGUCAAGGAGAGCCAGGAAAACAUCAGGGAGAUGAUCAUGCAGAAAAAAGCUGCCAGCUAACUAUGACACAGUUAAAAUCUAGUCAGAAAUAGAGCUGACAACAUAAAAUGUUGGUGUCCCAGUUUGCAUUUUGAUAAAGCAUAUGGUACUUUUUGUUUCUAAGCACAAGCAUUUUUCAACGUACAUGAAAGAUUUUCUCAAUUAACGUCAAGGGAAGACAUCAGGGAAAUGAUCAUUGCAAAAAGGCUGCCAGCUAACUGUUAAAUAUUAUAGAGCUGACAUGAUGGUGUCCCAGUUUGUGUUUUGAUAAAGCAUUCAGCACAAGCAUAUUUAGAUAUUUAAGAUCCUCAGAAAUAACGUCAAGGAGAAUACCAGGAAAAAGACCAUGCAGAAAAAGGCUGCCAGCUACGUGUGCAUCACCAUUGAACUUACUGUUAGCAUUUAGUCAUAAAUAGAUUAGAGUGACAUGUUGGUGUCCCAGUUUUCAUUUUGAUAAAGCAUACAGCACAAGCAUUUAGGACAUUU